ACCUGAUUGGCCCAAAAAGGCAAAAAGAAGCUUCUAUCAAACACUCCAAAGUCGAGGCCGUUUUCCCCCUCAUGUGAGAGAUACAUUGUGAAUCAAAUCAACAACUCCAUGGCAGAACGUUCAAGCGAGCUACGCAGCAACCCCUCAAACUCUGUGGAGUGGGAGUCGGGUCAUAUCCUGGAGUCAGUGGCAGAAACAGAGGGUGAAACCUGCCUUGGCGAUGGAGUUGAAGGGCAGGGGUGCUCGCUGCCCACAGAUGACAACAUUGAGAAGUCUUUUCAAGUGAACCAAGACGGAAGCAUGACGGUGGAGAUGAAGGUGAGGCUGACCCUUAAGGAGGAGGAAACCAUUCAUUGGACCACCACUUUGACUCGGUCGAGUGUGGCUAAUGAGCUUAAUGAAACAAGUUUACCCCCGCCGGAGUUAGAACAGAUCAGCUCACCAGACUCACUUGAUUUACAAAGUGCUGUUUCCUCCAUCGACACAAUCAAUAAGGACAAAUCAAAGGAUAACAAUGAUGAGGAUCCACCUACACCAUGCAAUGGAGUUUUCAGCGAGUGUAGUAUUGAAGACGAUAAUAUCAAAGAACAGACUGGCUUGGCGUCCUCUUGGAGAGCUCCCACACCAGGUCACAAGCAAAUCAGAACGAAGCAAACCUCAAUGGAGAGCAUAAAAUCAGUGACGGCAGAGGGGAUUCAGGAAGGUGUGGUUGGUUCUUACUCCUACAGAGAGCAGACAGAACAUGGAGACAUGACUGAGCAGUACUGCUUGGUCAAGCAGAGUAGUACUAGACCAGUUCCCAAACCAAGAAGACUAGGCUCUAUAGAUACCAACAAUAUAAGCAGCAGAGAUGUAUCCACAUUCAAAUCAGCAGGGAUGUCCGAAAUCCUGCAGGUUGAAUCCAGUGGACAGGAGGCCAGCUACCUCAGAAACUGGACGGUUCUCCUCCAAUAA